CAUCAAAAAUAGCUCGAAAAUGUCGCUAAUCUACAAUUCGGAAUGGGGCUAUUUAGAGGCCAUAACGCGUGGCUUCAAGAACGGCAUGCUGAAGAACUCGGACUACCUGAACCUCACCCAGUGCGACUCCCUCGAGGACGUGAUGAUCAGCAUCCAGGGCACCGACUAUGGCAUUAUUUUCGGCGGUGACAAGAGCGAUCCCUGCGUGGAGGUGAUCGAGAAGUGCUUGAGGGACCGUCUGCUGCAGCAGUACUACUACAUACGCAGCCAUUCUACGGAGCCACUGACCACGUUUAUGGACUACAUCCGCUAUCCCUUUAUGAUCGACAACGUGGCUCUGCUCAUAGCUGGCCUGAAUAACCACCGAUCCAUGAAGCGUCUGCUGAAGAUGUGCCAUCCGCUGGGCGAAUUCGACCAACUGGGCGCCAUCGAGGUGGCCACCAACUCCUCGGAGCUCUUCGACGCCAUCCUGAUUGACACGCCCAUCGCCCAGUUUGUGCCACCUGAUCUGCCCGUGGAGGAUCUGCGGUUCCUCGACGUCGAGAUUGUGCGGGCCCACCUGUACCGAGCCUAUCUGGAGAAGUUCUACGCCUAUUGCCAGAAUCUGGGCGGCAAUACGGCCAAUGUGAUGUCCAAUCUGUUGUCCUUUGAGGCAGAUCGUCGGGCCAUCACCAUAGCUGUGAAUUCCAUAGACAGCGAUAUUACACCAAAGGAGCGUCUCAAGAUGUUUCCCACCUGUGGCUAUCUGCCCAAAAUCGCCCUGGCCAGCAUGUCCACCUUGAAUGACUCGGAUAAGAUUAGGGACGUGUGCAAUAUGUUCGAUGGAUACGGCAAGAUGUUCGACAACAUCGAGCGGGACACCGACGGCAUGAUCACGCUGGAGGACCGCUUCCUCGCCUACGAGGCCAAGAAGAAUGUGCAGACCUUCCUGCAGCAGUUCCAGUUCGGGGUCUUCUACUCGUUCAUCAAGCUCAAGCAGCUGGAGUGUCGCAAUAUCGUGUGGAUCAGCGAGUGCAUUGCGCAGCGGCAGACGGACAAAAUCAAUGCCUACAUUCCCAUACCCUUUGACUAAUAACUAA